AUGUCACGCAACACCUGGGACCGCGAGCGAUUCAUGUACGAGCGCGACCGUGAUCGCUACGGCGAUGAGCAGCACUCUGCCGACGACCGUUAUGAGCGCAGAUACAGCCGCCCCAUCGACGACGAUAUCGUCAUCCGCGACUCCCGUCGGGUCUAUUACGAUGACGAGCCUUCUCGCUCUGUCCGCCACCGCUCCCCUCCGGCCGAGGUCGAGCGUGACCGCCGCGUGGUGGUCGAGCGCGAGAGGCGCCGCAGCCCCUCUCCGCCCAACAGGCCCGCCUUCCUCCGUCGCCAGUCCAGCCUCGACACCUUCGACAGGCGGAGGGGCUUCCACCACGAGGAGGAGAGGUAUGGCCCCCCAGCACGCCGCGAGGACUUCAGACCGCGGCCUUACGAGCCCAUUCCGCUCCCACGCACCCGUGCUCUGCCUCCUCCACGGGGCUACGAAGGGUACGACGACAUUCGCGUGAGCGAGCCCGAUUUUUAUGGCGACGACGAAUACCGCUCCUACCCCGAGCGCAUCCGCGAGAGGGAGAUCAUCCGCACCAAGAAGAGGGACCACAGCCCUUCUGUUAGGUCUGGCCGCACCCGCAGCCACCGCGCCAGUACCGUUCGCAGCAGCUCGCGCUCUUCCACCACCACGAGCAGCUCUGCCAGCAGCAGCGGGGGCACUACCGUCACCGUCAAGAGCGAGUACCCCAAAAAGGGCAAGACUCGUGUCCCCGCUCGCCUGGUCUCCAAGCGUGCUCUCAUUGACCUCGGUUACCCGUUUGUUGAGGAGGGAAACACUGUUGUGGUGUUGAAGGCUCUGGGCCAGGACAAUAUUGACGACCUGCUCAAGCUGAGCGAGGACUAUAAGAAGAGCGAGCUCGAGGUCAACGCUGCCAGGUCCGAAGCCGGCAACAUCAUCGAGGAGAGGAGGGAAGAGACCAUCAUCGAGGUGCCGGCCCAGCGCCCGCCCCCGAUGGCACUACCGCCCCCUCCCAUCGCCCAACAACCGCCGCCACCACCCUUCUUUGUGAACCAUCCUCCGCCACAGCAGGGUCCUGUCGAGUUCAUGGAGAAGAGAACCGUGAUCCGAGAUGUAUCUCCCGCCCGGUCGUACACGACCAGCGCGUCUGGGACCACAUCCACCUCGGCCACCCCCUAUAUCUCGGAACGACACCGAUCCCGGUCCCGGUCCCGGUCGCAUCGGGAGAUCCGCUCUGAGAUCAGAGACCUGCAGCAGCAGCUCGAGAAGAGGCGCCACCGGGAAGGCGAGCGCGAGUUGAUCAAGGCGGAGCGGCUCAGCAGCGGGGAGCUGGUGCUCUACGAGGAGGAGGUGGAGAAGAUCGAGGAGCCGCGGCGCGGGGUGCGCAUUGAGAAGGACAAGAAAGGUCCGCCACCCGGUCUUGUCAGGGCCAUGCUGGCCACUCUGACGUGAGAAUUGUUGCUGUCAAAAGCCGGUGUCUCGGCGUUUCCCAGCCAUCAACUUAUAUUAUAUCGCUAGGAGAAAUCGAACGAUACAGGACAGGAGGAUACAUCUCUGGAUUUUCAAUUCUGCAUACACAUUGCUACUUGCUACUAUCUAAGGCAGUUUUUUGUUAUUGGUUUUCCAAUGUUUUCUUCUUUUUCCUCUUUAAUAUCAUGGAGCUCUCACGACGAUAUGACGAUAUUCUGACCCCCUCAUCUACGAAUUUGAAUAGAAUCAGCAACUGCGAGGAGGGGUUUCUUGAGAGAAUUUGUGGUCAGGCUUAGCGGUGCGAUGAUUGAUGAAUGAACAUGGUAAAAUAUGGGAUGUUCUAACGAAUGUGCUCAAUAUGACAUAAAACUGAAAAAAUAGAGGGAGGUCAAAUUACGUAGAGUGCGCAGUACGUUAGACAACACACACUUUUGACAAGGUC